AUGGAAUCAUCAGCUGAAGAGUAUGCUGCCUUUGAAGAGAAAGUUAAAAGGACAGUGUACCUUGACAACCUGUCACCGCAAGUUACUGAGUCUGUGAUUAGAAGUGCUCUGGAACAGUUUGCACUUGUUAAAAGUGUCAGCUUUAUCCCGAACUAUCUAGGCACAAGCAGUCUGCCACUAUGUGCAUUGGUGGAAUUGGAUUCUGCCAAGAAGGUGAAGGAAGUAGAAGCUAUGAUUAAGCAGUAUCCUUUCAUGAUGACAGGGAUGCCACGGCCCGUAAGAGCUCGUCCUUCGGUAAUGGAAAUGUUUGAUGACAGGCCAAUAAAGCCUAAGAGAAAGAUGAAGUGUUGCUGGUUGGAGCAAAGUGACCCUGAUUUUGAGGUGGCAAAGGAGCUGAAGAAUCUUACACGGAAACACUCAGCAGAAAUAACACUCAUGCACAAUAUUCUAUCAAAAGAAGAAGAGAAGUUAUCAACCCAGCAGGCUGAAACUCUUAAAGUUCACUACAAAAAGUAUAAGAUGAUAGAAAGCAUUAUGACUGACAGAGCAGCCCAUACCUUGGCAAGAAAGUACAAUCUGGCUGUUGCAGAUGAGUGA